AUGCAUCAGUUCAAUGUAUUUACAAGGUGGCGACCACUAUCCACCGACAACGAACAAGAGACGUCAGAAAUCAAACGAGUAUAUGAGAAACACGACAAGUCCCGUAUAUCAAUGUCUAUAGCAACCCCAGAUGCCGCAAGACAGCGCCCAUGGAAGAGUGAAGCUGCAUUUACCCAGCUAUUCGAAGCCAGCGACGACAACAAGGCAGUUUUCGACGCCGUAGUCGCACCUACACUACCACAAGUCCUCAACGGACAAACCUGCAAUUUCUUUGCUUACGGUCACUCUGGGAGUGGAAAGUCGCACACGAUCGUUGGAUACGACUUUGGCAACUCGAGCAAAUUCGGAUUGUGCCUGUCAGCAGCUCGUGAGCUCAGUGAGACGCUGGAGCAACUCAAUGCAGAUAACUGUGACGAGUCCUCGCGACUCGGCAUCGGAUUUCGCAUGUAUAAUUGCGCAAGAAAACGGCAUUUGACUUGCUCAAUAACCACUGCAAGUGCCAUAUCCGCGAGGGCUAUGAUGGACAGACGCACAUCCGCGGCGAGACUGAAGUGCUAG